AUGUCGUCCGCAAUACUACCUAAGGCCGUAUUGUACUACAACCCACAAUCUGUGUGGUCUUCUGCGGUACUUCUUGCACUGAACGAGAAAGGAUACGGAGAGGAUGAAGUUGAUCUCAGGGUUGUCGACAUUAACAAAGGAGAAGAAUUUUCCCCAACCUUCCUCAGGUUGAGCCCCAAAGCAAUGGUGCCAACUCUUGUUGCACCCCUCCGCGGCUCUCUCGCAUCUGAUGUUGCAAGCCGCUUCAAAGCUAUCUCUGACACGAAAGCACUGAUCGAGUUCCUGGACAAAUCUCGAUCCGCAUCAUCUCACACGCACACUACAUCGAGCGCUCCAGCCCCAUCGUUGUCCCCUGCGACGGUUGCAUUUGCCACUGCAUCCAGCAAGAUUAUUGAUUCUAUUCAGGCUGAUGAGGUCUCUCCCGAUCAUUUGCAGUACUUGAAUGCCCGCGAUCAAGCCUCACUUCAAGAACUUGGAAAGUCUCUGGUCCCUAUUCUGGAAUCUAGACGAGCGGCAAUCGUGGAAUAUCUCACCGAAUGUGAACACGAAACCAUACGGAUGUCUGAAAAGACCAAGGCAUUCUGGCGAGAGAAACAAGCGGAGGUGGACACGGCACUGAGCGUGUUUAGCGGGAAUGAUAUUGACGGAUACUUAUCACGCUCCAGGAAUACGUGGGAAAUCACAAUUCCAGGUGUCCUCACUCGAGUGAACGAAGAGUUCAUUGGGCCCUACGCGUUAGGCGAUCAGGUCUCUAUCGCAGAUAUUCACUUAAGCGCUUGGCUCUCUCACCUUGUCAGACUGGCUGGCGGAAGUCCUUCUGAUAAUGGAGAUGUUGCUAUAAAAAGGGUGGAAAAACACAUUGGAAAUGGAUUUGUCUUUCCCGAGGACUUCUUACCUUCGGCUUUUAGCCCAUUCACGGAAGAGAAAGCAGUCGCGAGGAGCAAGCUAGCAGCAUUUUGGGAUGCAAUGAAAUCACGGUCCAGCUGGAAGAAAGUUUAUGCUUCAUGA